GGCUGGUGUCACUAACAUGUACUUUGGUCUUUUGGGCUGCCUGAUCCUUGGGGUAUCUCUGUCAUCAGCGGCACCGCGCUCCUCCUGUCCACCUGGCUGGUUUUACUAUAAGUCUAAUUGUUAUGGAUAUUUCAGAUAUGCUGCUACCUGGUCUGAGGCAGAGUUUGAAUGUGUCAGUUAUGGCCAUGGUGCUCACUUAGCCUCUAUCUUGGAUUCAUCCGAAGCCUCCAUCAUUGCCAGUCACAUAGCUGCAUAUCCAGUAACUGGAGACAUUUGGAUUGGAAUUCACGACCCUGAGCAAAACCGCCGCUGGAAGUGGAACGAUGGUUCCAUGUAUAACUUCAGGAACUGGAAAAGCGGGGAGCCAAAUAACAAUGGUGCAGAGUUCUGUGGGGAGCUGACCAAGGAAACCAAAUUUCUGCAGUGGAAUGACACUCCGUGCUCAGUGCUAAAUAACUUUGUGUGCAAAUACAAACCGUGACCUGCUGUAACCCAGAAACCCCCAAACUGAACACCUUGUGAGUCCAAUAUGAUUUUAUGACAACAAAUUGUAAACCAAAUAAAUCUCAUUUAUUCCACCA